UCAGCUGCUAGUGCUACCCCAUGCCUGUCUUUCUCUGUUGACUUGACCCUGACGCCUGUGUUUCGAUUCAAGUUUGUAUGAAAGACACAGGUUUUCUUGUUUCAGGUCCAAGGAAGGCAAUUUUGGUGGCAGAGCCGCUGUUUCAACAUCCGUGGUUUCAGUACAACAGUGGCGCAGGGGGCACGGGAACGUCAGCUGCUCGUACCCCAUGCCUGUCUUUCUCUUAUCAAAAGGAAAAAUUUCCCCCUCCGCAUACUGCAAAGGUAUACUUUGGGAAAUGUGUCAUGCUGAUUCGUGGUCAAAAAUCGUGUCUGUCUUGCAGGAAGGCAACUCCGCAGACAACCGCCACACUGUGCAGGCGGUUUGUCAUGCUGCUGGGCCUACAGUGCGGACGUUUUUCAUGCUAAAGCGCCUAGGCCAAAGCCUCUCUACUCACCCUUAGUAUGGGCCUGCAGUGCUCUCCCGCACGAAAGCGCUGACUUGUUUACACAAAUCCAGCAUCAGAAGUUUCGUUUUGGUAUGGGGAGGGGGGAGUUUUCCCUUCGAUAUCUCUGUUGUUUCGAUUCAAGUUUGCUGGAAGACGCAGUUUAUGGAUUGCAAAAAUGCCUGGGUCUGGAAACUUGUGAUGCUAAAAUGUGGACGAUGGAAACCGUUCCGAAUGCAACACAGCAUCACAACUUUUCAGAGCGCUCUCUUAUAGGAAAUCCGCAUGAGAAAGUGCGUUUUUGCGUGUACAAAAGAGGCUGUUACUUUUGUUGGUUUUAUGCAGUACAGAUUUCCUGGGUAUAAUGGAGAGCUAGCAUUACAAGUUGCAACCUUCCAGACCCAGACACUUUUGCUUUGGAUACAGUUUUUCUUGUUUCAGGUCCAAGAGAGGCGAUUUUGGUGGCAGAGCCGUUGUUUCAACAUCCGUGGUUUCAGUACAACAGUGGCGCAGGGGGCGCGGAGGUGCCAGCAGGCGUGUCUAGUGUAGUCGUGUGUAUCAGUUCUUAUUAUACGGUGUAGAGAUGUCGUUUACAUUUAUUCAAAUUACUUUUAUGUAAGAAGAACUCAAAGCCCCACUGAACUUUACGACUUUAUUUCCCGCAUGAUGUUCCGUUUUAUUCUGUAGUGCCUGUCAUACAUUAAAAUUCCUGCUUUAUCCGGUUUUUUUUACUGUAUCGCAUUAUACUAGUACACGAAAGAAGACCACAGCCAGGGCAGAUGCUGUGGUUCCAGAAGCUCCUGCUGCUGCGGCUUGCCGAAGGAGAAAAACAAGCGCCGCAAGAAUUUCGAACUGCACAGCUGCACUCGUUGCCGUUGUUUCUUGCUACGAAAUUAUUUGUGAAGGAAGGCUGCGUUGUACAAAAACCUCUCUUGCUACAGGUUACAGCACAUGUAUCCUCAUAUUUCUUCACUCACGCGUUGCGGAAGUCGCUCGCUGAACUUCCCGCUGAACAAUCUGAAACGAAGAUGUUUUUGCUGUCGCAGGUCCUCGCGCAAACGCGAUGCUCCGGUUGUUUUCAUCUUUCCAUAUUUUCCCUACAACAACAUCAAACAAACACCAUCAUAGUGAGAAACUGAGAGCUUUCGACAACGGUUCAGUAGUGGGCUGUUGCUCCACUUCGCUCUACCGUGAGCUUCUUUUAGCGGCGAUUCUCACGCUACUGUCGUAGCUAGUUCCCUAUUGUUGUGUUGAUGUGGUGAAUUUGUUAUGCGAGACCAAGCAAAUGCUACCACUUGCAUGUCGUUGGUCGCGUAAAUACAAGGUGAAAAACAUGUGUAAAGUGAAAGGAAAUUCGUCGUCUCUCUUGCUUCUCGUGAAAAAGGUCAAGAUGUGCGCCGGUUUGACGGUGUGCCACAAACCGGAGUAAAGGUUGAAAAUUUGCAUUACAAAUUUGCCAAACGCGUCGCAUUGUGCAAUAGCACUUAGCACGGUGUGAUCCAGUUUGUUCUACAAAUCGAAACGGCGAAAAAGGUAAAGCAGG